AUGAACGCUCCACAAGAAGAAAACCAAUCGGAUGACGAUUCCAGAAUCGAUGACGAAUCGUCUUCUACAGGAAGCCAACCAAGCCAAAAAGAGGAGAGGAAUAACAAAAGGCCGACAAAGCAAACUAGCCAUACAACAGGAUCUUCACCGCUGGCCUCAUCAUCCAGAACUCUAAAUCGAGCAACUCGGGCGGAUACUGCUGCCCGAACCGAAGAACAAGAAAUGAAACGUGCCUCAGCGAAACAGCUUAUCGAACGAUAUUUUUACCAAUUGAUGCAAGGUUGUGGAAAUACUAACUGCUGCAACAAACACUGUGCCUCGAGUGGAAAGGUUGCCCAAUUGACACCGAACGCUGCUGCGGCGCAGGCAAUACAGCUUUUCUCACAAGAGGCACCACUUUGUUCGGAGUCUCAACCCUCGAAAGUAAUUAAAACGGACAAUUCUAGUGGGGCUAGUAGUAGCUUCACCUCUAUCUCUCCAUCUGCGGCCCAAGGGACGAGUAAUGGUCCAUUGCUACGUUCGCGGUCGCAUUCGUCUAGAGAUGACUCGAUCUUGUCCGAAGAAAAGAACAAAGGCACAGAACGAAUGGUGUGCGACAGAACAUUUGACGAAGAUUCCAUAGUAGAUACUGCAAGUGAGAAGAGAAUAGAAAAACGCAUGCCUUCCAAAAAAGAUCAGCCCCAUGAACACGGCGUGAAAAGUAGCACCAAUACUAGUGAUCAACCAGCAGCAGAUGUUGUAUCGGCUGGUGUUUCGGUGUCAAACAACAAUACUGUCGGUUCCAGGGGAACGAUAGCUAAAGCGGAAACGGCUGAGUAUCUAGACGAGAAAAUACUACAAGAAUUAUCUGAAAAGUGCACUCUUGAAUCCUCGGAUGCGUUGCUCAUACGUAAGCUUGGUGCAGUGUUUUCUUCAUAUCGUAAACUAGCUGCUAGUUUCCAGUUCAGUUCAGCAACAUCCAGUAUCGAUAGGGUGCUAGCACGUGCCCCUCCCGGCGAUUUACGUAACAUGAAAAAAGAGGAUUUACGUUCUCUAGAGGGAGAUUUGGAUAAGGAUGAGGACAGUAAAGCACCUCCGGAAUCGUUUCAGGAUGUGUCCGAUCCAGCUCACACCUCAGUUGACGUGGAAUCAAUCAGGCGCUCGAUGAAAGUGCUAUACUCUGGCCGUCCGUCCGUGUUCGGGCCAAUCAACAAUGCGCUUGAACUGCUCGGACAAACCCUUUCAAGGGAUUUACAUGUUGGGCUAACUACCAACGAAGAUUUGGAAUUGGCUAUUACAGCUUUCGUUAUAGCAUUCGAAACCCUGCUCAUUGGAUCUGCAGACUGUUUGGAGGGAUCAUUUCCUCGGAUUUGCGCUGCCGUAACCCACCUGCCCGUUUGGGCUCAGUGCCGAUUGGUGCGUAUAUGGGCACAGCACUGCCAAGAGAGCAUCCAUCCACUGCUGCAGCAACUUCAGCAGCUAAUAACCAUAUCAACUCUUUCGAUUAAUUCAUACCGACACGCUCGUAUUCAAGAACACGAUGUGGUGUGUAACGCAACGAAAACUAUGAAGUUAGUGUAUUAUUCAAACAUUCUGGCGGGUGAGCUAGAACCAAAGCAUUAUCGGGAGUUAGACUUACGGGACACGUCGCAACAAUCUUACGUUCCGCUGUACCCGGAAAAUGAUGAAAUAAUGAUGAUCGUAGAAGAUCGCGGGACGCGUCAGAAGAAACUGGAAGAUCCGCUGGUUAAGGAACUGGAUGUGAAUCCGCUUGACUGCCGAAAACCGUUGGUGCCAUACGAGGAAUUCUACAAUGAACUUCUUUGCGAUGUCGUUGAGAUGGACCACGAUUACCUAGUAUAUAAGAACAUUGCGUCGGUUGAGAAUGGUGGAAUUUCGUUGCUCGGAAAUGACCCAUCGAAACAGUUUUGCUUCAUGCAAUACGCUUUCAUUUUGACGCCAAUCACGAAAACGCGUGCACUCUACUAUGACUCGCGCAUCCGCAUGUACUCCGAGCGGAGGCUUAGCAUUAUGCAUCAACAGCGCCAAAAUAGCAGUAGUCUCCAGGCGAUGAAUCCUUACCUUAAUCUGAAGAUUCGGCGUGACCACAUCAUCGACGACGCAUUAGUCGAGCUGGAGAUAAUCGCCAUGUCAAACCCGAAGGAUCUCAAAAAGCAGCUUGUGGUAGAGUUCACUGGCGAGCAAGGCAUCGAUGAAGGUGGUGUGUCGAAAGAGUUUUUCCAACUUAUAAUUGAAGAGAUCUUCAACCCAGACUAUGGCAUGUUUGUGACGAACGAAGAUUCUGCGACGGUUUGGUUCAAUUCCAUUUCGUUCGAAAAUGAGGCGCAGUUCACCCUGAUUGGCAUUGUUCUGGGGUUGGCCAUAUAUAACAACAUCAUUCUUGCGGUGAAUUUCCCCAUGGUGGUAUAUCGAAAAUUGAUGGGAAUGAAGGGAUCGUUCCUCGAUCUGAAAGAUCUUAAUCCGGUCCUGUUCAACAGCUUGCAGUCUUUGCUCGAUUACACCGACAGCGAUAUGGAGGAGGUGUUUAUGCAAACGUUUAAGAUUGGCUACCACGACGUCUUUGGGAAUAUGCUCGAGCACGAGCUGCGACCGGAUGGUGACAAGAUAUUCGUUUCGCAGGACAACAAACAAGAGUUCGUGGAGCUGUACAGUGAUUUUCUGCUAAAUCAAAGCGUGGAGAAACAAUUCAAUGCGUUCCGGCGUGGCUUUCAAAUGGUAACGGACGAAAGCCCGUUGCAUCUUCUUUUUAGACCGGAAGAAGUGGAGCUCAUCGUGUGUGGUAGCAAGGAGUUUGAUUUUAACGAGCUCGAACAGUCCACCGAAUAUGAAGGCGGCUUCACUGUUGAUUCGCAAACAAUUAAGGAUUUCUGGUCCAUCGUGCACGGUCUUUCGAUGGAAGCAAAACGUAAGCUGCUUCAAUUCACCACAGGUUCUGAUCGCGUUCCUGUCGGUGGUUUAAGUCGGUUAAAGUUGGUGAUUGCUCGCAACGGCUCUGAUUGCGACCGACUGCCAACGAGCCACACGUGUUUCAAUGUGCUGCUGCUUCCUGAGUAUGACUCUCGGGAAAAGCUGGAGGAACGACUGCUCAAGGCGAUAAAUUAUUCGAAAGGAUUUGGAAUGCUUUAGAGUACUCAUCGCUGGUACAAACUUCACCUCAGCUGUUCAUUCUAUGCUCCAAAAGAGACCGCUCAUCCAUGGCUCAAAACGUUUUGCGGAAAUUUUUCUAUUAAAGAAACCCCUUUGGACUGUUUUACAAUGUUUUUAGUUUUGGUUUCAUAAGAAAAUACCAAGCAAUUGGACCAAGUCGAAUCUCUAUACUUCCCAUGAAUGUUUUCGUUUUGUUUCAGAAAUGUGAAUAAGAAUUAAUAAAUAUCGUG